UUGAAUGAUCGAGGUGUAACGCUGGAUUUGGAAAAAAUUCUUCAAAGGGUCAUUUUCGUCGCUCCGAUUCGCCCCAGUCUACCUAUUCUCGAUUGGGAGUGUCAAACCGACCCUCUUUUUUGCUUUAUUUUAAAAUUAGAAAAACAGGAAUGAGGAUUUGCUCAAUACAAUGCUUUCUCCUGUCAAGCUCAUCGAUUCUGAGCAGCAGAGGCCUGAUGAUAUUGUCUCUAUAAUUAAUUCUGUAUUUAACAAUCGAAAAACUUUUUCAUGCCCAAAAAUUAAAGCAGAUUUAGUAACGGGUACAUCAACUUCAAAUCUUUCCCCAGAAGAUAUUGGUAUAAUUUCAGCUAUGGGGGACUCCUUGGCGACUGGGAUUGGCCUCUGGCCGAGGGCGGAUAUUGAAUUCCGUGGUGCCGCUUUCCCCAUUGGAGGAGACGCUACUAUUGAUGGAUUAGUCACCGUUCCAAAUAUUCUCCGUGAGUUUGUCCCUUCCAAUCACCUGCUUGGUGUUUCACACGGAAUGGGCCUUCGUGAUCAAUUACCUGAAAAUCAAUUAAAUGUUGCUAUGGCUGAAGCUGGAAGUAAAUUUAUGCCUUCACAAGCUACAGAACUAGUGAGGAGGAUAAAGCAAUUAAAGGAUGUCGAUACUCGAAAUACCUGGACUUUGGUGAUAAUUACAAUUGGAACGGAAGAGAUUUGUAAUAAUUGUACCGGACCUGAUACUGGAGCGCUUAUCAAAGCAAUGGACAUUCUCAACCGUGGAAUCCCCAAGGCUUUUAUUGUUCUCGUCGGACCGAUACAUAUUAGCUCUUCAUUUCAACAACAGGAGAACCUAAUGAAAACUCGAUGUCCUUGUUCUCGACAACAACCUGAUGGAUUUAUGCAAUCUUUAAGUACUAAAUGGGCUAACUCUUUUGCUACAGUUCAAUCUCAUGUUCAAAACGUUAAAAGGAAAACAUUUAGCGCAUUGACACUUCCAUUUCUGACUCUACACUCUCGAUAUCCAUAUUCACUAUUUAUACCGAAUAAGCCACUCUUAAAUCGGCGGGGACACAAUUAUGCUGCAAAAUGGCUUUGGAAUCGUCUCAUUAGUGGACCAAAUUAUAACUUCUCUAAGGCUGUGCUUUCACAGGAUGCUUAUUUCUGUCCAUCAUUGGGCUGCCCGUACUUCCGGACGCCAGAUAAUUUCAAUAAUUGUGAAAUCCUAACACAUUCAAGUGCUGAACAGCUUCGGGUUUCAAAAGAGAAGGAACUAGAACAGGAUCUUGGGGUCUCUAAAUUUGGUUCUAAAAACAGUGAAGUUUAUCUUACAACAUUGGCGAUAAUGGGAAUUGCAUUUCUUUCUGUGAUAACAUUUGGAACGAUCUUCUAUAAGCGUAGCAAAAAGGGAACCCGAGGUCGCUUUGAUGUUGUACACGGAACUAGAAGAUUGUUCAUCCCUGAAUAUAAUUACAAAACAAGUAAUGCUAGUAGACGCCAACCAGUUGAAGAUGAUAAAAUUGCUUUAAAAAGCAGCACUAAUUGUGAGAAUGGCAGCAGUGGAGGAAAUUAG